AUGUCUUCCGAUGGGACUGAGAAUGCAUCAGUGUUCAGACCUGGGCUGAAUAUGGGUAGACGCGGUUCGGGGACAGCCUUAGAGACAUAUGGCGAUAUCGUAGAGCUGCUAAGAGUGCCAGUAGAUUCAGUGGUGAUCCGAGCCUUAGCCGAGUGUUGGAAUCCAGCUUACAGGUGUUUUACUUUCGGUAAAGUAUACAUGACCCCUACCUUGGAAGAGUAUACAACUUUGUUGAAUAUCUCGAAUGUUAGAAGACAUUCCAUUUACACCAAGGUAAUUCGACCUAAGGGGUUCAUAACCAAAAUGAUCACACUGACGGGAAAGACCAAGGAGUGGGUCGAAGAGUACAUUUGUGAUGAGGGGAUCUCUUGGGCUCAGCUGAAGAGUUUGAUUUAUGAGCAGACUCCAUCAAAAAGAAGAAGAGAUCACUUUGCACUUGCAAUAUAUGGCAUGGUAAUUUUCCCCAAGAAUGAGGAUCACUUUGACAUUGCCUUAAUUGAUUUCGUCGAAGCUAUUGCCAGAAAGAAUCCCGCACCAUCCAUCUUUGCGGAAACAUUCCUGUCACUAAACCAGUGUAGACGAUUGGGAGGAGGUCAGUUCACUGGAUGUACUUCACUAUUACUAGUUUGGUGGUGGAGCCACUCUUGGAUAGUUGAGAAGGGAUGGGCUCGGAGACAUCAAUCGAAUUUUUCGCCUAUGGUGGAUUUCCUCGACAAAUGCCAAAUCCCGGAGCAUAGCAAGAGAAAAGAUUGGGUUGAAGCUCUCCGUAACGUAAAGGAUACUGAGAUUGUGUGGAAGGCUUACUGGUUACCCAAGGAGGACAUACUUUUUAGAUGCGGUAACGAUAACUUUGUGAUGCUGCACGGAUUAUGGGGAGCAAUCGAGUAUACUCCACUAAUUGUACUCAGACAGUUCAGUACCCGACAGUUCGUACCAGCUACCCACGGCCUGAAGGAGACAGAAUUUUCUUUCUCUACUCCAGGUUACCGAGAGCGGAUUUCAAAAAUCUAUACAGCGUGGCAGAAACCCCACUGCAUGAAUUUCAAAAUGAUAGAGCCUGGAUUCACGCCAGCCUAUGAGGUUUGGAGGUCACACAAAAUUAAUAACAAUACACCGAAGCUAAAUUUAGAAGAUGAGUUGACUAUGGAGGAACGAUUGAGGAGGCUCCCGACAGAAGCUGAAUUGUUAAAAGAGGAUAUGCGACUAAUGAAUCUGGAGAGAGAAAAAGUACAGAGAAACUUCUCAGAUGAGAAGACAAUGCAAGAGAAUAAGGCUUUAAAAGUUAAAAUUACUGAACUAGAAGCUGCAGUACAGAGAGGCCAUCAACGAAUCCAACAGUUGGAAGAAAGUCGAUCAUUGACCAAUCCAGAGCUCAGAACUACGCUACGGCAGGCUCAGGACACCAUUCAGAGGCAGCUUGAAGUAAUGGAAAGAGCAGUGAAUCAAGCCCAUGAUGUUGCUCGUCAAGUCUACGAGAUAUCUGAAGAAGCGAUAGCUCUCAGAGUUUUUGUGAUCCCAAAUUCAGAGGAAGAGCGACGCAUCCUGGGGUUGAUGAUAGAGCUCGAGAGAUUAGGCGAUAGGGCAAGAUUCUACGUUUAA